AUGGCAAGGUGCUACAUUCUUGCCUCAGUAGCGAAUGUCUUGCAGCAUCAUCAUCAGUCUAUGAAAUCUACUUACGAUAUGCUCAAAUCUUCCAAAGAGAUGUUUGGAGAGCAGAAUCGUGUUGCCAACAAGAUUGCCAUGAAGGCUCUCUUGACCACCAAAAUAGUUGAAGGAUCACUUGUCAAGGAUCAUGUGUUGAACAUGAUGAGUUAUCUGAAUGAGUUGGAGAUACUUGGUGUUGCUAUUGAUAAGGAUUCUCAAGUGGAGAUGAUCCUACAGACUCUGCCGGAUAGUUUUCAACAGCUUCGCUUGAAUUAUAAUAUGAACAUGAUGGAUUUUUCUCUUGCGAAAUUCUUGAAUGAACUGACAGCGGCGGAAUCCAUUAUCAAGCAGCAAACUCCUCCCUCUGUGGUAUACAUAGUGGACAAAUAUGUCGCUUCUUCAUCUAAGCCAACUAAAGCCCAAAAGAAGAAGAAGAAGUCAUGCAAGGUUGUGGCACCUGGAGGUGUUAGAGGUGGUGUGGCUAAGCCUAAGGGAAAAUGCCUAUCACUGCAAGCAACCUGGUCACCACAAGAGGCUAUGCCCUGA